GAGCAUGUCAAGGCGCCGCAGGUGCACAGCUGCACAAGGAGGCGCCCUGCAGGAGGGGACGCGCCCCCGGAGGGGGGGCAUGGGCGGUAUAGUCCUUGGGCGGCGGCGGCGUCCUGUGCGGCAGCCCUCGCCUCGUCCUCCUCCCCCUCCCGCCUCCGGGGGGAGGGCGCAGGGAGGAGGCAGGAGCUGGGCGGCUGCCGCAGCUGCAGCUCCUCACUCCAUCGCGGCGGCAGGAGCAGGCGCUCCGGGGCUGCCUCCCGCCCGCCAGCCCGGCCCCGGGUGCUGCCGCGGCCACGGGCUCGCUGGAGCAGGGCUGCGGGGCGGCCAAGCGGCGCCUCCACCCCCUCCGCCUCCGCCUCGCCCUGCUCCUGGGGCUAGACAUGGAAGAUGGAUCUGCCUCGGGCAGCUGCUUCCGACGCUUCACCGACUGCUUCCUCAGCACCAGUUUAACAGAUGAAAAAGUGAAGGCCUAUCUUUCUCUUCACCCCCAGGUACUGGAUGAAUUUGUGUCAGAAAGUGUAAGUGCUGAGACAGUGGAAAAAUGGCUAAAGAGAAAAAACAACAGACAGGAAGAUGAAUCGACUCCUAAGGAAGUCAGCAGGUACCAGGAUACAAAUAUGCAAGGAGUGGUAUAUGAACUGAAUAGCUAUAUAGAACAACGGUUGGACACAGGAGGAGACAACCAACUACUUCUAUAUGAAUUAAGCAGCAUCAUUAAAAUAGCUACAAAAGCUGAUGGAUUUGCACUAUAUUUCCUGGGAGAAUGCAAUAAUAGUUUGUGUGUGUUCACACCACCUGGAGCUAAGGAAGGACAACCCCGACUCAUUCCUGCAGGGCCGAUUGCCCUUGGCACAACCAUUUCUGCAUAUGUAGCCAAAUCCAGAAAAACAUUGUUAGUAGAAGAUAUUCUAGGGGAUGAACGAUUUCCCAAAGGUACUGGACUGGAAUCAGGGACUCGUAUCCAAUCUGUUCUUUGUUUACCAAUUGUCACUGCAAUUGGUGAUCUGAUUGGUAUCUUGGAGCUUUAUCGGCACUGGGGCAAGGAAGCCUUCCAUCUCAGUCACCAGGAGGUUGCAACAGCAAAUCUUGCAUGGGCUUCGGUAGCAAUACAUCAAGUACAGGUGUGCCGAGGCCUUGCCAAGCAGACUGAACUGAAUGACUUCUUGCUUGAUGUAUCAAAAACCUAUUUUGAUAACAUAGUCGCAAUAGAUUCUCUACUUGAACAUAUAAUGAUAUAUGCAAAAAACCUGGUGAAUGCAGAUCGGUGUGCACUCUUCCAGGUUGAUCACAAGAACAAGGAGCUGUACUCAGAUCUUUUUGAUAUUGGAGAGGAAAAUGAUGGGAAACCUGUCUUCAAGAAGACCAAAGAAAUAAGAUUUUCUAUUGAAAAAGGAAUAGCUGGUCAGGUAGCAAGAACAGGUGAAGUCCUUAACAUUCCCGAUGCCUAUGCAGAUCCACGCUUUAACAGAGAAGUAGACCUCUACACAGGCUACACAACCAGAAACAUUCUGUGCAUGCCUAUAGUGAGCCGAGGAAGUGUGAUAGGUGUUGUGCAGAUGGUGAACAAAAUAAGUGGAAGUGCCUUCUCUAAAACAGAUGAGAACAACUUUAAAAUGUUUGCAGUCUUUUGUGCUUUAGCCUUACACUGUGCUAAUAUGUAUCACAGAAUUCGCCAUUCAGAAUGUAUUUAUCGUGUAACAAUGGAAAAGCUAUCCUAUCACAGUGUUUGUACUGCAGAAGAGUGGCAAAACCUCAUGCACUGCACACUCCCUCCACACAUCUGCAAGGAAAUAGAAUUAUACCACUUUGAUAUCAGCCCCUUUGAAGAUGUCUGGCCAGCCAUUUUUGUCUACAUGGUCCACCAGUCCUGUGGGACAGCCUGCUUUGAGCUUGAAAAGCUGUGUCGUUUUACUAUGUCUGUAAAGAAAAACUAUCGCCGUGUGCCCUAUCACAACUGGAAGCAUGCGAUUACAGUUGCACAUUGUAUGUAUGCCAUACUUCAGAACAACCAAGGGCUUUUCACAGACCUGGAGCGAAAAGGUCUUCUAGUUGCCUGCUUAUGUCAUGACCUGGAUCACAGGGGUUACAGCAACAGCUACCUUCAGAAAUUUGAUCAUCCCCUGGCAGCUCUUUAUUCCACCUCAACUAUGGAACAGCACCACUUCUCCCAGACAGUGUCCAUCCUGCAGCUGGAAGGGCACAAUGUCUUCUCCACUCUGAGCUCCAGUGAGUAUGAGCAGGUUCUGGAGAUCAUCCGCAAAGCCAUCAUUGCUACAGAUCUUGCCCUGUACUUUGGAAACAGAAAACAGCUGGAAGAGUUGCAUCAGACAGGAGCCUUAAACCUUAAAAAUCAAGCACACAGAGAUCGUGUGAUUGGUCUAAUGAUGACAGCUUGUGAUCUGUGUUCUGUAACAAAAUUAUGGCCAGUUACCAGAGUGACAGCCAAUGACAUAUAUGCAGAGUUCUGGGCUGAGGGUGAUGAAAUGAAGAAGAUAGGUAUUCAGCCUAUACCCAUGAUGGACAGAGACAAGAAGGAUGAAGUCCCUCAGGGCCAAAUUGGGUUCUAUAAUGCGGUAGCCAUCCCAUGUUACACCACUCUCACACAGAUCUUCCCUCCUACUGGGCCACUACUACGAGCCUGCAGUUUUUCCAUGGCAGACAGCAAGCAAGGAAGGAGCCUUGCAUACCUUUUGGAUGGUGUGGAAAAGGCCCACAGAACUGAAGUUCAACUUUACACAUCAGGGCACUUAAACCUUGACAAGCUUUAUAAGCCCCAAAGGAAAUUAAAACAAGGCUACUGGGACAGUGCCAGGAAGACAACACAUGUGACUAAAAAAAAUCUAUUGCCAGCCCAAAGUGAAACAGCCAGGAAGAUAAAACACACUUCAGCUGAAGUCUUCUCCAGCCCCACACUGGUUUCAGCAUGGUUCAAAUCUGCCUCUUCUACUUACAGAUGCCCUCAGCCACCCCUGGGCAGUGUCCCAGUAAAUACCUCAUUAGUUUCCAGUCUAUUGGAAAUGCAUUCGAAAGAUAUUAAAAACAAAAUACAGGAUGGAACUAACAGACUCCGUUUGCCACUUAAAAAAGAAGAGUUAGGUGUACCAGAGAUGAAAGUGCUGAAACACAGGCCAGUUAAGAACAGCCGACAAUGUUUUGCUGAAGUUGCCAAGGACAAAUACCAGUUUAUGCCUUCAUACUUGGCGGGUCUGACUAGAACCGAUCAGUUUAACAAGUUUCUACGCUUCCAGAGGGAUAUUAUUGGAAAGCAUGAUCUGCUAGAGAAUGACUUCACCGGGAGCAAAGCAUCAGAGCAGCAUGAAAGGAAGUUGGCUAAGGAUCUCCAGCAAAUCUGUGAUUGCGAUUGGCCCCAUUUCAAAUACCUGAAAGUCUUCAGGGAUGUGUUUGAGGAUAUUUGCAACAGCUCUUUGAUAUUUGGUGAUAUUUUGAAGGAAGUUAAGAAUGUAUAUGAGCUGUACAUGGCAAUACUUCUGGACUCGCUGCCUGCAACACAAUACAAGACUUUGUUGGCUCAGGCAAGAGGUAUGGAAAAAAGAGCCACAAAGAGGCAAGAAAUAGAACAGACCAGGAGAGAUGUACAAUUUCUUAUGAAGAAAAGCAAAAGUGCUCUGGAGAGAAAUGAAGAACUCAGAAAUGAACUCGAAAUUGAACUGUGGGUGAGUCCAACUCCUGAGGAAGAGGCAGUUCCAGAAACCCAUGAUGACCCUGCAGUGAAAAUGCCUGUAAAGAAACAACUCUCCCUGGCAGAGAAGGUUGAAUGUAUGAGGUGUCAAGUUCUCGCUAAGUGGGAGGAAAUACAAGCUUUAGAGAAAGAGAUUAAAGAAACCAUGACUCAUGCUGGGGUUGCAAACACCAUAGAGAAGACGGUUAAAGACAUAGAGGCUGAAGCAAUGAGGCUCAUCUCAGCUAACAAGUUUCUUCAAACCCAAAUAAAAGAUGUUGAAUACAGCAUAACAGAUACCUUAAAUAAACAGAAGAUCUCCCAAGAAAGUCAACAAAAGAUGUGGGACAUGCUGAAGACCUUCUUGUCACUUGAAGAUAGUGAAGCAACUUCAGACAAAUCAGAAAAAUGAUGUGUAGGAAGAUAAAUUCUAGCUGCACUGAACAUACUUUUGACAUCCUGAGACCAUGCAAGAUGAAACCCAGUUUUGAAAAACUGAUGCUGGGCCUUAGAAUCAAAUAUUAUAAUGCAACUUCAAUAAGAUAAAUGUGUCAGUAUUUGCACAGAUUAUCAUGGGUGUAGACACUGAUAUUUCCAUAUGCCAUCUAGAGAAAUACCCACCACUAAUAAUAGCAAUAGUAUAAAUAGUGGUGCCUUUCCUUAUAUAGUUUCAGUAGAAACUGUCCUCAUUUAGUAGUGGAACCUUUAUUCAAGGACCAGAUGAUAUUUAAUUAAACUCCCACAGUAGAACUCACAACUGCAAAUUAUUUAAGUAAAUUGAAGUUGCAGCUUCUAGAAAUGAUAUACAUGUAUAAUUUUGUGCAUAUUCAUUGUUGUGAGUAUUAUAUUCAAGCCUCGUACCUGGCUGAUGCAGAGGGAUAUGGCAUAGUGGCAAUGCCACCUCCCUUCAGCAGCUUUUUCUUUUCCAGAGUCUCAGUUUUCCCUUUAUACAUCUCUAAUUGAUACGUUUGCAAAAAGAGCUUUGAAAAUAGGAACCAAGUGUAGCCCAGGUAUCUUGGGUAUAUACUCCCCUUCUCCAAUUGAAGGGGAUUGCUAGCUGGCAGGUAUGCUGUGGGGUGGGAACUGCAGACCGCUCAGUUUCCCUCCGUCCCUAUAGAACCAGGUCAGGACAGUCAGGGGACUUAACUAUAUACACAUGUAUUUACAUUAACAUAUCACAAGGGAAAGGAACAUGGAUAUAAACAUAUGUACAAAGUAUGUAUAUACUUAUAAGAUAUCUAAACCAGUAACAUAAACAAUACCCUCUGGGUAAAUGACAUAAAACCUUAUACCAGUGCUCUCAUAUACAGGUAAGAAUCUGAUCUGAAACAGAUAAACCCCAAAGAUAAACUUAAUCCCGAGGGGGAACCCCAAUGCCCUUGGGCUUUUCCCAAGCCCUACAAAGAAGCUGAUAACUUUAGGGGGGGCCCCUCUCAGUGGGACCUCCCCUUUCAGGAGCCCAAGCGCUCCGAAGGUCCUACUCCAUGCACCGUCCUGUGCACACCAGAGGUUGCAGACCUGAGCCGCCUCACGCAGCUCCCAGGGUCUGGACACCAUGUGCCGUGCUGCACACCAAGAACCUAGCUGCUGGAACCAUCCGCUGAUGGAAGUCUUUAGAGGUGCUUCUGGGCUACUGCUUCACCCUGCUGAGCAGCUCUCCUCAGCUCUUCUAAGCCCCGCUCUUCUCUCUUCUCUCUCCUGAAUGUGUUCUCCUCAUGCUGGGCAUGCAGCUCCUUUUAUGUGCUCCACGGCUCCACCCCUGAAGUCUUCCAGACCUGAGUGUUGCAGUCUUCCAUCAGGUCCAUUGGGGGGGGGGGGACGGGACUUCUUUCCCCCUCCCCUCAGGAAAGGGGCGUGACUGCAUUCCUCUUGCUGCCUCCUGAUUGGGGGAUCAGCUCCACCAAUCAAAACAGCAAGAUUUCAAUCCUGGGACUGAUCCCAAGCUCCAAAAGACAAGCCUGCUAGACAAGUAUAAAUGAAACAGCAGUGGAAGCUUGAUUUUGCAGAGGAUUCUAAAAAUGCUGUAGAGAUGUGAACUAUCCUAUUCAUUUCACAGAGGUGGUAACUCCAAUGCCAGUGGGGAUACUCUAUACCCUAAAUGCCAAUAUUGUUUACUCUUUAAGUGCUUAUCAAAGCAUGUAAAUAAAACAAAAAGAGGAAGGUUCAUAUUGUGAAGACACAUGUAAUGUGAGAGCAGCAGCACACUUGGUGCAAUAUAUGUUUGAGUUUGGGGAGAGCACCACUAUAUAUAUGCUUCCUGGUUAGGUAGGAAACAAACCCAAAGAGCCCAGUAAGGCAUGAAUACUUCAUGGUGAGAAAGAUGGGCAUGGUAGAUUUUAUGAGUCUGAGGGGCAGUCGCAUGCAACGUGGUCAGAGAAAGCAUAUAAGAGAGAGCCAACUUGCUAAAUGGGUACUUUGCAUCGCUUUUUUACCAGUCCCAAGGGGCACCUCUGUCCAUUAUGGGAUGGGAACGCCUGGGUGAGGGUGAUUCCUUACCCUCCAUCAGUGCUGGCCUUGUGAAGGAACACCUUGAGAGGCUGGACACCUUCAAGUCAGCCGGCCCUGACAGUUUACACCCCAGAGUACUCAAGAAGCUGGCAAGCAUCAUAGCUCAGCCCCUGGCAAGGAUCUUUGAAAACUCCUGGUGCUUUGGUGAAGUGCCCGAAGACUGGAAGAAGGCCAAUGUGGUGCCUAUCUUCAAGAAAGGGAGGAAAGUGGAUCUGGGUAACUACAGGCCCAUCAGCCUGACCUCUAUCCUGGGGAAGGUCUUAGAAAAGAUUAUCAAAGAGACCAUUCUUAACAGACUGGCCGAUGGCAGCCUCCUGAGGGAUAGCCAGCAUUGGUUUGUUGCGGGUAGGUCUUGCUUGACCAAUCUUAUUUCCUUUUAUGACCAGGUGACCUUUCACCUGGACAAGGGAGAAGAGAUUGAUGUUGUGUAUCUGGACUUUUAAAAAAGCCUUUGAUUUGGUAUCCCAUGAUCACUUCUUAGCAAAACUGGCCAACUGUGGUCUUGGCUUCACCACGAUCUGCUGGCUGGGGAAUUGGCUUCGUGGUUGGACCCAGAGGGUGGUGGUUGAUGGAAGUCAAUUGUUGUGGUGCACUGUGACCAGUGGGGUCCCUCAAGGCUCUGUCCUUGGGCCAACACUAUUCAACAUCUUCAUUAAUGAUGUGGACAUUGGUAUCAGAAGCGGACUGGCCAAGUUCACCAACAACACCAAACUUUGGGGUAAAACGCCCACACCUGAGGACAGGAGGGUGAUCCAGGCUGACUUUGACAGGCUCAGGAAAUGGGCGGAUGAGAACCUGAUGGUGUUCAACACUGAAAAUGCAAGGUUCUCCACCUUGGGAAGAAAAACCCGCAGCAUGCUUAUAGGCUCGGCAGUGCUACACUGGUUAGCACUACAGACGAAAAGGACUUGGGGUUCAUGACUGACCACAAGAUGAACAUGAGCCUUCAAUGUCAUGCUGCAGCUAGUAAAGCAAGCAAAACACUGGCUUGCAUUCAUAGAUGCUUCUCAAGCAAAUCCCAGGACAUCAUUCUCCCAUUGUACUCGGCUCUGGUGAGGCUGCAACUGGAGUACUGCGUUCAGUUUUGGGCUCCACAAUUCAAAAAGGAUGUGGAGAAGCUUGAGAGUGCAAAGGAGAGCCACGUGCAUGAUCAGAGGUCAAGAAAACAGACCUUAUGAUGAGAGGCUGAGAGCCAUGGGACUUUUCAGCCUGGAAAAGUGUGGGCUCAGGGGAGAUCUGAUGGCCGCCUAAAAGUUUAUUGGGGUGCUCACCAGGAUCUGGGGGAACAUCUGUUCACCAGAGCGCCCCAAGGGAUGACAAGGUCAAAUUGUCACAAACGCCUGUAGGACCGUUUCAGGCUGGACACAAGGAAGAACUUCUUUACUGUCCAAGCCCUCAAGGUCUGGAAUAGACUGCUGCUGGAGGUGGUUCAAGCACCCACUUUGAAGGCCUUCCAGAGAAACCUGGAUGCUUUUCUUGCUGGGAUCCAAUGACCCCUGCUGACUUCCUGCCCCUGGGAAAGGGGGCUAGACUCGAUGAUCUUCCGAGGUCCCUUCCAGCCCUAAUGUCUAUGAAAUAUAUGAAUACAACACUUGCAGGUGUGCACUGUCUACUGAGGGCACCCACUUACUUUGGUGUAUCUGUCAUGGACAGAGCUUGGAAGAUUACAUCUCCCUUCUUUUUCCAAUUCAACCUUUACCUCAGGCCCAAGAGCAAAGCUGGGAUGCUUAUCUGCACUUUUUGUUAAAUUCAAUACCAUUUGAAUUCUGGGGUUUGCUUCAAGGCCUUGUCUAAUUUGUCAGGGAUGAAGGGCUAUUUAUUUUUCUUUUUUCUUUUAUUUUAAACCUGUUCCACUAAAUUCAAUGAAAAAAUCA